AGAUAGCGGCGUCUCCAACCUCCAGAAAACACUGAAGAAGGAAAGGUUUCUCUCCUGAACAUCUCCGUUGUCUGACAAUAAACUCUUUUUAUCGGAGACUGUGAGUUUAUAAUGAAAUUUAAAAAGCGCGUUUCCGUGAGGAUUUAAAACUCCUUUCUGCUUUAAACCCGGGGGUCAAGGAAGUUAAAUAAAAGUUCAGCAGGAAACAGACUGCCUCUUCCAGGAAGUCUCCAGCUCUUGAUCCUGCUCGCUCACAGCUGUGUGAGGAGAUGAAAACAGAGGCUAAAGAUGGAGGAACAGAAGGCAUUGUGAAGAAAGAGACACUGGAAUUGAGCAUCAGUAACCAUGGAAACAGCUUCCACAUCAUACCUGAAGUUGUCUCCAUUAAAGAGGAAGAAGCUGAUGUUAAAGACUUCCUCUAUUGUGAGGUUUGCAAAUCCGUCUUCUUUAGUAAAUGUGAGGUCCAUGGUCCGGCGCUGUUCAUCGCUGAUAGUCCUGUUCCCAUGGGGGUUGCUGACCGAGCCAGACAAACUCUUCCUCCUGGGCUGGAGAUUCAGAAGUCCGGUAUUCCUGACGCAGGCCUGGGAGUGUUUAAUAAGGGGGAGACUGUUCCAGUAGGUGCACAUUUUGGACCCUACCAGGGAGAGCUGGUAGACAAAGAGGAAGCCAUGAACAGUGUCUACUCUUGGGUGAUAUACAUGAGUCGGCAGUGUGAAAAAUACAUAGAUGCUAAGAGAGAGGUGCAUGCUAACUGGAUGAGGUAUGUGAAUUGUGCUCAUAGUGAUGGCGAGCAAAAUCUUGUGGCGUUUCAGUAUCGAGGAGGGAUUCUGUACCGUUGCUGUCGACCCAUUAAUCCAGGACAAGAGCUCUUGGUGUGGUAUGAAGAGAAAUAUGCCAGUGAUGUAGGCCCUAUAUUUGCCCAGCUCUGGAAUAUAAAGUGCUCUCUCAGUGGAGAGAAGCUGUAUCACUGCUCAGAGUGUGGAAAGAGUUUUACUGAUCAGAUUAAUCUCCAACAACACCAGCGCGUUCACACAGGAGAGAACCCAUAUCACUGCUCAGAGUGUGGAAAGAGUUUCUCUAAACAGAGUCAUUUCCAGCGACACCAGCGCGUUCACACAGGAGAGAAACCAUAUCCCUGCUCACAGUGUGGAAAGAGUUUUACUAAUCAGAGUUCUGUACAGCGACACCAGCGCAUUCACACAGGAGAGAAACCAUAUCACUGUACACAGUGCGGAAAGAGUUUCUCCCAACAGAGUCAUUUCCAGCGACACCAGCGCAUUCAUACAGGAGAGAAACCGUAUCCAUGCUCACAGUGUGGAAAGAGUUUCUCCCAACAGAGUCAUUUCCAGCAACACCAGCGCGUUCACACAGGAGAGAAACCUUAUCACUGCACACAGUGUGGAAAGAGUUUUACUCAGCAGGAUAAUCUUCAACUACACCAGCGCAUUCACACAGGAGAAAAGCCGUAUCACUGCUCACAGUGUGGAAAAAGGUUUAGUCAUCAGAGUAAUCUUCAACGACACCAGCGUAUUCACACAGGAGAGAGGCCACAUCACUGCUCGCACUGUGGGAAGAGUUUUAUUCAAAAAAAUGAACUUCAAUUACACCAGCGCAUCCAUACAGGAGAGAAACCGUAUCACUGCUCGGAGUGUGGGAAGAGUUUCUCUCACAAAGAUUAUCUCAAACAACACCAUCACAUUCACACAGGAAGGAAGCCGUAUUUGUGCUCACUGUGUGGAAAGAGUUUUAUUCAGAAGGGUGCGCUUCAACGACAUCAGCGUAUACACACAGGAGAGAAGCCGUAUCACUGUUCACAGUGAAGGGGUUUUACUGACCGCAGUAAUUUCCGAAGACAUCAGAGCAAUCACACAGGAAAGAAGCCUGCUUAAAAGAUCACUGCUCACAGGACCAGGCUCGUGUGAUAUAACAAUUUAAUCUACACAAUAUCAUUCUUCCCUCAUACGGUGCAUCUGGAAAGUAUUCACAGCGCUUCACUUUUCCCACAUUUUGUUAUGUUACAGCCUUAUUCCAAAAUGGACUAAAUUCAUUAUUUAAACUGCCCAAAAAUAGGUGUGCCAAACUUGUAGCAUCAUUCCCAAAAAGACUUGAGGCUGUAAUUGGUGCCAAAGGUGCUUCAACAAAGUAUUGAGCAAAGGCUGUGAAUACUUAUGUAAAUGUGCUUUUUUUUUGUUUUUUAUUUUUAAUAAAUUUGCAAAGAUUUUAGCAAAUGAAAUUGAAUACUUUCCAGAUGCACUGUAUCUAGUGGUGUUUAUUCUGAUUAUACUGUAUUACCAUACCUCCCAACCUUUAUGGUUCAGAAAUGUAUUUUUUAAAAAAACAAAAAAACAACAACAGCACUUUCAAUUUUGGCAGAAAGAAACAAAGGCAUAUAAGACAUGUUUGAUCUAAACAUAAAGAUAAUUUAUCAGGCUGGAUAAGAAUAGAUUUAUUCACAAUUUGUGUAUAGGAGCAUGUACAUAAUUUGGUAUUCAUGAAAAACCUGAAAGUUCUGCAAAAUGUAUCCUACUUGUGUGUUUGUGUAAAUAUAUGCAUAAAAGACAAAUUAAUGUAAACAUAAUUUGUUCAAAUCUAAUUUGCUAUGAGUUACUGUGAUUUUAUAAAUGCCUUGCACUGUCUCAGUAUAAGAUUAAAUUGCAUAUUUAUUUAUAUUUACCCACACCAACUGAAUUAACAUUUUGUGAAGCUUAGUCAUUUCACCUGCUUAUC